UGUCAAACGCACAGCUGACCCAAACUCAUCUGAUGGACGUAGUUACACGAUAAAACGGAAGAUUUAAAACCUCUUCAGUGGCUUUGGUGGUGUCUAAAAUCAUUAAGCCACUCAGUCUGAAAUGUAUCCCCUACUUUAUGCGUUCGGAACUUCGUUUUGCAAGUUGUUGAGUCGGUUAUCCCACUUAUAAACUCGUGUUGUUGCUGGAUACGCUAUCCUUUAGCUAGCUCAAAAUGACCCUUCCAGCUUUGCACAACACCGGCGUGUUUUUCAGACGGAUUUUGUCACAGUUUCCCCAGGACAUCAGUUUAGCUUUUGCCUAUGGAUCUGGCGUUUUCAAACAACACGGGACCAGCCAAGGUCAAAUGGAUAAGAACAUGCUUGACUUUGUGUUUGCGGUGGACGACCCAGUGACGUGGCACACCAUGAAUCUGCUGCAGAAUCGCAAACACUACUCCAUCCUCAAGCUGCUGGGCCCCACGAUGAUCAGCUCCAUACAAAAUGAACAUGGGGCUUCUGUGUACUAUAACACGCUGGUGCCUGUGGAUGGGAGGAUAAUAAAAUAUGGUGUGAUUAGUACAGAGUCUCUGAUAAAUGACCUGAUGCACUGGAAGACCAUGUAUGUUGCUGGACGCCUUCACAAACCAGUAAAAAUGCUGGUACAGAGUGAGAACACAAAACUUCGUGCUGCUCUGGUGGCAAACCUGAAGAGCGCUGUGGUAGCCUCCUUCCUCAUGCUGCCAGAGAGCUUCAGUGAGGAAGAUCUCUUCCUGCAGAUAGCUGGUCUUUCUUAUGCUGGGGAUUUUCGAAUGGUGAUUGGAGAAGAUAAAUCCAAAGUGGCCAAUAUCGUCAGAGACAACAUUCAGCACUUCCGGAUUCUGUACAGCAACAUCCUACGGGACUGCCCUCAGGUGGUCUACAAACCUCAUCAAGGAAAACUGGAGGUUGACAAAAGCCCCGAGGGCCAAUUCAUCCAGCUGAUGGCCUUGCCUCGGACACUGCAGCAAAAGAUCACAAAGCUGGUCGAUCCUCCGGGGAAAAACCGAGACGUGGAGGAGAUCCUGCUGCAGGUUGCUCAGGACCCAGACUGUGGAGCUGUAGUACAGCAAGGUAUUUCAUCUAUAGUGAAGUCCUCCAGUAUAACGCAGAGUGUCAAAGGCAUUGCUACUGCUGGCUUGUGGAAAACAGUGUCGUACAGCUCCAAGAAACUGCUGAAGAUGUGGAAGGGUUGGAGGAGGAAGCCAUCUGUCUCGCAGAUGUCCUGAUCCUGUCCGUUUACCAGGAACCUGUCUUUGUCUAUAACUGCCAGCCAAACAGUCAACACCCAUCUUCUGAUUUUAAUCUGACAACUGUGGCUGGAACAAUCACACGCUCACCUCUCUAAUGGAAUCACUUACCAGGCAUAGUUCUGUUUGAAUAGUGUGGAACUGUCUGUACAACUGCCCUUUCUCGUGUAGUUCAUAAAAGUUGUAGAAAAGAGGGUGACAUUUUACGAGCCUGACUGAAUUAUGGCUGACCUUUUGAUGGUCCAGAUUGGACCUUUCUGGGUAAUGGCUACAGUGACUGGUGAGGAACUGCUGAAUCGGCUAUGUCUAGAGCCACAGCACAAUAUAUAUAAUAAUAUAAUGAAGAAAAGACUUUGCCGUCAUCUGUCAUCUUUUGAAUUAUACAAGUCUAUCUGUGCAUGUUCCAUGUGAGUGGUCCUACCCAGAUAAGACACGAUGGAAAUUGGGAACAAGUUUUCUGUGGGUAAUUCUCAUCUUUGUGCUGAGAAAGGACUUUAUUGACCUCUCUUCAGAUGUGGACUAAUGUUACAUUCACACUUCUUAUCCCCUUCUCACAUUGCCAAAGAUCUUUCAUCACUUUACUGGUUUACUGUUAUACCAGUUUUUGAUGGUUGUACUAUAUUUAUGUCAGUAUUCAUAAAAUAUAAAUUAGAAUAGAACCUCUUUGCCACCUUACAGUUAUGAGCUGGUCAUGUGGACAGCUGGAGGUCUCCGAUUGGAAAAUGCAUUGAUUGGUUCUUCACAAAUACUUGCUGUAGUCUAAUUCAGUUACAAUACCUGAGUUUAAUAAACUUUUUAAUACAACAGCA